CAUCAGAUGUCCAAUUUAUUGCUGGAAAUUUGAACUUAUAGCAACACACAUUUUACCGGAUGAAUGAUGAUUAGGCGUGCGAAUGUGCGCGCGUUAAGGGUGCUAAUUUUGGGGCGCAUCGCGCCUACUAAAGGAAUGCAAGCAGGAGCAGGACUUCGCGGAGGAUGGUAGAAAGGCGUGCGCAUCCUGAUGGCAUGGUAGCAGCAUCCAGCGGGAUAGUCGGUGUUUAGAAGCCGUCGGGACACGUUUUUCAUCUUCCGCGGAAAUUCUGUGUGACCUCUGAAUGGUGUGAACGAAGCCAUGGGGUAGCUAUGAGAAAAUUCUUGGGUAUAUGGUGCUGGAUUGCGCUCUUCCUUUCCUCAGUGUCGAGUGGUGGUGUUGACUUACAAGGACCGCUAUUUAUACAAGAACCUCCCCAUAGGGUGGAAUUCAGCAAUAACUCUGGGAAAAAAGUCGAUUGCACAGCUCAUGGUAGUCCACCUCCUGACGUCGAAUGGAUCCUCGCAGAUGGAUCUCCGGUUCAUCAGGUGUCGGAACUGAGGCUGCUAUUUCCCAACGGCUCGCUCGUUUUCCCGCCAUUCGCCAACGACCGCUAUCGACACGACGUGCACGCCGCCCUCUACCGGUGUCGCCUGAAGAGCGCUCUCGGCGUCGUCGUCAGCAGAGAUGUGCACGUCAAAGCAGUCGUUAAGCAGAAAUACGACAUUCAAGUGCACGACGAGUACGUAAUAUCCGGCAACACCGCCGUCCUAAAGUGCAAAAUACCCAACUACGUGGGGGAGUACGUGAUGGUGACUUCGUGGAUUCAGGACGACAGCAUCAAUAUCUACCCGAACACCGAUAUCGGGGGCAAAUACGUCGUCCUGACGAACGGUGAUUUAUACAUCAGCAACGCCGGACCCGGCGAUGGAUACAAGAGCUACGCCUGCCGAACUACUCACAAAUUGACUGGUGAAGUCCAGACGAGUUCGUAUCCGGGUCGGAUAAUCGUGACGGAGCCGAAGGGGGACUCGCAGCCCCGCAUCAGCGUCGACAAGUACAACGCGCGACGCGUCGUCUUAGGCGAGGACGUAACGCUCCCCUGCGUAGCUCAGGGCUAUCCCGUCCCCGGAUACUACUGGAAACGGGAGCUGCAAGGCCAGAGCGUGCCUGUUGCGCUCGGCGAGAGAUUAACGAUACUUUCCGCCGGUUUGCUCAGAAUAUCGAAGGUCCGGUUAGAAGACCGCGGCGUUUACAUAUGCUUCGCCAACAAUUCAGCGGGAGAGGAAAGCGUCAGAGUAACUUUGGAAGUUACAGCUCAACUAUCCGCUCAUGUCCAACCGCAAGUUCAAGUUGUUGACGUCGGAAAAGCCGCAAAUUUCCAGUGUAUCGUUAAUGGUUAUCCCAUUUCGCAAAUUAGUUGGCUGCACAACGGAAAACCGAUCGCCCCGGAUAACAGAGUUGAAGUGACGGCGGAGCCGCCGCGUUUGACCAUCAAGUCCCUUACCAAAGAAGAUCGCGGCAUGUUCCAAUGCAUCGUCAGCAACAACUGGGAUCAAGCUCAAGCCAUCGCCGAAUUGGACAUGGGCGAUGCCGGACCCGAACUGGCGUACUGGUUUUCCGAGCAAACUCUUCAACCGGGUCCCACGGUUUCUUUGAAAUGCGUGGCCACCGGUAAUCCCCCGCCGCAGUUUAUGUGGACGCUGGACGGGUUUCCCAUUCCUGAUCAUCCGAGGUUCCUAGUAGGCCAGUACGUGACUAUUCAGGAUGAUGUUAUCAGCCACGUGAAUAUAACGAAUAUCAAAGCCGAAGACGGGGGUGAGUACAUGUGUACAGCGCAUAAUAGCGUGGGGAAAAUAGCGCACAGUGCCAGAGUCAAUGUCUACGGAUUGCCUUACAUCAGGGAAAUGCACAAAAUCACAGGCGUCGCCGGGAUGAGCUUAAUCAUCAAGUGCCCUGUAGCGGGGUAUCCGAUCGAAACCAUAACCUGGGAACGGGACGGGCAACUCCUGCCGAUCAAUCGUCGACAACGAGUGUACGCAAACGGCACUCUGGUGAUCGAACAGACUCAAAGGAGGGAAGACGCUGGAACGUACACGUGUCAAGCGCAAAACCGACAAAGGAACACGGCUAGGAGAGACGUCGAGAUUCAAGUGUUGGUGCCUCCGAAAAUUCUCCCGAUCAACCCAAUGACGGAUUUGCUGCGCGAAGGCAUGAGAGCCGCAAUAACCUGCCAAAUAAUGGAGGGCGAUCUUCCCAUAACCUUCCGAUGGGAGCGCAACGGCAAGGUCGUGUCGAACAACGCGGCCCUGGGAACGUUGAUACGGCGAAUAGACGAGUUCGCGUCUUCGUUAAUUAUCGAUCAGGUAACUUCCGCCCACAGCGGAAAUUACACUUGCAUCGCGAGCAACGUCGCCGGCGCCGAGAAGUACGCCGUACCGCUUACAGUAAACGUUCCACCUCGAUGGACUGUGGAACCAUCGGACACCAAUGUCGCUGCAGGACAAGAAGCUUUAAUUCACUGCCAGUCAGAAGGCUAUCCCAAACCUACAAUCACCUGGAAAAAAGCCGUUGGAGAACAACCUGGUGAAUACAAGGAUUUCCUCUUCGAGCCCAACGUUCAACAAUUCCAAAACGGCUCCUUGAAUUUCCUCCACAUAUCCAAAGAAAACGAAGGCCACUAUCUCUGCGAGGCGAAGAACAAAAUCGGCGCCGGUGUUAGCAAAGUUAUUUAUUUAAGAGUUAACGCUCCAGCGUAUUUUGCUCAAAAAUCGAAGCAAAUUCAGGUGGUGAAAGGAGAACCAGCUCACAUGCAAUGCUCAGCCCUGGGCGAUACUCCUAUGGAAAUUUCGUGGAAAGUUGGUGGCCAGCACAUAUCCAAAGAAGGAGAUCAAAGAUACAAUAUCCGCGAGCAAGUCCUAGCCGAAGGAAUGGUGUCCGAAUUGGGUAUAGAAAGGACCAUCAGACAAGACACUGGAAUUUUUAUUUGUUCCGCCAGUAACGCUUUUGGAAACGACGACAUGAACAUACAGUUAAUUGUGCAGGAGGUUUCGGAACCUCCAAGAAACGUUAAAGUCAUGGACCAGCUCGCAAGAUCGAUUGGAGUGUCUUGGACACAGCCGUAUGCAGGAAAUAGUCCAAUUCUUAACUACAUUGUUCAAUAUAAGCCGGGAUCCGAAAUUUGGCCUAGUCAACCCAUGAAAAUAACUGUUCCCGGAUCCCAAACAAGUACAACUCUGCCAAACCUUCACCCAGCUCAAGCUUAUCACAUCAGGAUUUUGGCUGAAAACCGGUUAGGUUUAAGCGAUCCUAGCCAAACCGUGCAAGUCAAUACACUGGAAGAAGUUCCUAGUGGGGCACCACUCGACAUUAGAGCUGAACCAAAAAGCUCAACAGAAAUAGUAGUAACGUGGGAACCUCCGUCUAGGGAAAGUUGGAAUGGAAAUCUUUUAGGUUAUCACGUCGGUUAUCAAGAAUACACAAAUGAAGAUUCGAACAACAUUGCUCAAAAUUACAUAUACAAAACUGUAGAGGUUAGACCUCAUUUCGGGGGCGAAGCAACACUACAAGGUUUAGCCAAAUUUACCACUUACAACAUAGUUGUUCAAGCCUACAACAGCAGAGGAUCCGGACCAGCUAGUGAACCAGUAACAGCAAGAACUUUGGAGGAUGCGCCAACUUUACCCCCUGAGAACGUCCAAUGCUCCGUUCUGAAUGCUCAAAGUUUACACAUAUCAUGGGAGCCCCCGUUGAUCGAGGGCCAAAAUGGAAUCAUCCAAGGGUACAAAGUGACUUAUCAUUCCGUCGGAGAAUGGUUUGACAACGAAGAUCAACAAACAAAGAUCGUUAAUCAAUUGCGAACAACGAUUUCGGGUUUACGAAAAUACACGAAUUAUAGCAUGACGGUUUUAGCGUACACGUCUAGUGGAGAUGGAGUAAGAUCUAUGCCUGUUUAUUGUCAGACUGAAGAAGAUGUGCCUUCUGCACCUGCUCAAAUUAAAGCAGUCCAAAGUGCUACCAACAAAAUUUUAGUCUCUUGGUUACCUCCCAAGUACAGCAACGGACCGUUGACGGGCUACACAUUUUAUAUGAGUAUCGUAGAAGACGGUCAGGAGGAAGGCACUCACAAGAGAGCUUUAAAUCCAACCACAGAAAUGCACGAAGUUUUAAGAACCCAAGAAACGGCUACGCUACAAUUCUGGAUAACCGCAUCAACCAGGAUAGGAGAUGGAGAAAGUACGAGAGUUGUGACUGUAAUGCCUUCCAAAACGGUGCCGGCGCGAAUAGCAUCUUUCGGUCGAGAAGUAAUCAGCGCUUGGAAGCAGAACAUUUACUUGCACUGUCGCCGAGUGGGAAUCCCGAUGCCGACCAUAAGCUGGCGCGUCAACGACCUUCCUCUAGAAGUCGGCGGACGCCGAUCCGUUUUUGCCAACGCCACUUUAGUGAUCAAAGACAUCCAAAGCGUCGAUCAGGCGAACUACUCCUGCAGCGUGGAAAAUCAAUACGGCCACGACGAGAUAGUGUACAGCUUGAAAGUGCUGGUGCCGCCGGAGGCUCCAGUUUUGAACGUGAUGGAGUCUUUUACUGAUACUUUGCUUUUGAGGUGGAGCGAUCAAGGAAACGGCGGAUCUCCUAUUUUAGGCUACGUUAUAAAUUAUAAAAGAGAUCACGGCGAUUGGGAGGAGUUGCAAAUUUCUGCAAGAACUGACGAGCAUAUGCUUAGAAAUCUCUGGUGCGGAACUAAAUAUCUUUUGUAUAUAACAGCGUUUAAUAGAAUCGGUACGGGUUUACCUUGUGACAUUGUAUCAGCUCAAACUAAAGGCACCGUACCAAUACAUCCCAAACAAUCGCAGAUGCUCACCAUGAACUCAACAGUGGUAACGGUAUGGCUGGAUUCUUGGGGCGAUGGGGGUUGUGGAAUCCUGUAUUUCGUAAUAGAGUACCGAUCAUCGAGGUACUCCUCUUGGACUACUUCAUCAAACCACGUCAAACCUACUGAACGAAUAUACAGCAUCACUGAUUUACUGCCUGCAACGGAAUACCAGCUGAAGAUUACUGCUCACAAUAACGCUGGAAAUACAGAAGCGCUUUAUAAUUUUACUACUCUUACACCUCUAGGUGAUAAACCCGAACUGAUACCGCCUGUGUCGCACUCAGGGGACCAACCGUUCUAUGCAAACGCCAAAGUACUGGUUCCAAUAAUGUUGUCACUAACAUUUUUCGUUUCAAUGAUUGCUACGCUAUUCUGGAGGAGAAGUUUGAGAAGAGAUGAUCGGACGAGAUCAAUGGCGGAAUCGCCGUCGAUGGCGCAAAUCCAGAACAAGCAGAACAGAGACCAGCAGUACCUGGCGGUGCGAGUAGGAAGAGGUCAGCAACCGUUGGCAGUUGAGGAUAGCUACAAAGCGGAAUCGGCGGAUUACAUCGAGGAUAUUUGCCCGUACGCCACGUUUCAGCUGUCGAAAAACACCUACAGCGAAAGCUCUUACAGUGGAAACGUGUACAGUGGGCCGUACCAUUCGAGCAAAGAACCAGAGUAUUCGAAGGUUAGAAGAAAAGGCGGAAGAUUGAGAGAUCCUCAUUCCGAAAGUCAAGAGUCUGAUAACCUGGGCAGCACUGACUCGGAAGUGAAGAAGAUAUUAACUCUACACCUGCCUAUUUCAGAAUACGACACCCUCGGAUCCGAUUCCGAGGGCGACGGAAGGGCGACCAGCCAAGAAUUGAUGUCGUUCGGUCACAGAAUGAGAGGGGGAGCCGAGGGAUCCUCCUCGUCGUCCGAAACGUCCCCGCCAUCGGGAAGCGUUGGAAGGAAACCGUUUCAAACCAGGAAAAGCAAAGCAAAAGCCACUCCGAUUAAUAAACGCCAUGUGAGAAGCAGCAGCGGCUAUUCCAGCCACAAUGAAGAGACGACUUUCAGUAUUUCGCACGCGCCGAGUUUCAACGAAAGAAUCCACCCGCCUUCGAGAUUUUCGGAUCUAUCCACGAGGAAUCUGAGCGAAUCGGAAUACGAAAAGGGCCACAAACCGCUCAGAGGAAUGUCGAAAUUGAGUAGGGAAACGUUUCAAAUUAACGUAUAAGAACGAACAGAUUCUGCCGAAGGAAUAAUUAUGAUUAUUUCAAAGAUUUUGUUAGUCGGGUAAUAGCAAUUGAGUUAAUGUCAAUGACGAUUGAGUAUUGGUAUGAUACAGUGAAUUCAAUUUUGGAGCAUAUUGAUAAUGGAUUGCGUGAUAAUGAAGCGCUACUAUCUGGCCUGUUUAUAGGGUUGGAAUUGGAUUUACUGUAUGCUAUAAGUGGCUAAAGAAAGUAAAAUUUAAAUAAAUCCCUAUAUCAUUAGUAAUAUUAUGCAGUACAGGAUAAAGUCAUAUCCCUUUUUGAUGAAUUUUUAAUUAAACGGACCUUUUGAUAUGAAAUUGUUUUUGUAAUUAGAAUUUUAACGCUCUAAUUAAUCAUCAAUGCAGUUCUUUGAGAGCUUUUCCAAGAGGUAUACCAAAACUCUAAUUCUUCAAACGUACCACCGUUUUGCAUUACGAAUAAAACCAAACAGAUUUACUUGAUUUCAUAGAAAUAUUUUUUAUAGAAAAGUUACACUUACUUUUAACUAUGUACUUAAGGUUAUUAUUUGCUCUUCUAUAUGCUGAUAUGGAGCAUAAAUUUAUACUUUUUUAUUAAUGUAAUCUACCUGAUCUUCAUAUUUACUCUCUACUUCUGAUUCCAAUAGGUGAAAUUCUGCUAUAAAUUUUCAAUUCCAUUUUCAACUUACGUAAGUAAAGGAUCAUAGCAUUUUAUCUGAAAUUCAAUCCUGCAUCUAAGAAUUCCAAAUUUGUUGGGAUUAGACAGGAUUUCAGAUGAAAUAAAAUAAAAUAAGACUGCGGUCCCACUAAACUUCCGCAAAUAAAAGAACCUGUUGAAGAAAUAUUUUAUCCAUUAAGUAACGUUGUUUCAAUUUUUGGCUCUUUCUGUUAAAAUGGCCUAAAUAAGAUCAUUAUGAGACUUUCAAUAAUCCCUGAAGUCGAAGGCAUUUAGAAAUAAUUGGGUCUAAAUGCUAAGUCUGAUAGUAAAAAAAUCAAUAAAUAAUUGCUUAAACAACAUAUCUAAAUAAAGACAUUCAGAAGAUAAACGAAACGAAUUAGAUUUACAGAAAGCAUCAGCAGAAACGACGAUAAGUUCAGUUUUUAUACGAUAUAUGUAAAUUUUUGUGUAACAAAUUUGUUACAAUAAAAGAAGACUUCGAAUAUUUAAGACACGUUAGAUGGAUAGGAAGAUAUACUUUAUAUAAAAAUAAAAUUUGUUUAAAAUUUUUAGGACCCGGUAUUUAUAAUAAAAUAGCACUGAAUGAAUAAAUUAUGCUUUUACAUGUGUUUUGCAAAUGUAACAAAGUAUUGAUAUCUUCACAAUAAAUUCCAUCAUUAUGCUCUAUUUGAUUUUUUAAUGCAUUCAAAUUAUGGUUUUUGUAAAAAGUGUACCGUCGUUUCAUUUUGUUGUGAAGGUAUUUAAACAACAUUGAUUAGUUAAAUAAAUAGUCGUUGUGACAGGAUUACAAUUCAAAGUAUGAUAAAUUAAUGUUUUCUAGAUAGAAGGAAAGCAAAUGACUGAAAGGAAGCUUAAUAUUUCUGAAUUAUAAUCCUCUCAAAUGUGAUAAACUGUUACAUUACACGAUUUGUAAAAAAAUGCACACAACUGAAAAUUUAUACUACUGUAAUAAAAUAGUUUGAUCUGUCACUCACUAUGCGUCUUCAUCUAUUGAAUCUCGCAGAAAAUAUGAAUGCAUUAAUCAACAAUUAAUAAUAAUUUAUAUACUCAUUAUGUAAUGAACUACUUUAAUCAUACGGGAACUAUUUAUAAAAUAUUUAUAACACUUCAAUAAUAAUUACAAUUCUAAACGGAAUAUUUCUUUCCAAGCACAACAUAUGGUGCAACAUUUAAAAUAAUGUGCAACAUAUGGCGGCCCUUGGAAGAGUGCAAUAUAUUUUUCCGUUGCCAGACGAACUGCAUUUAAUGUUUUCUGAGUUAUUCAGUACUGAACUCACAGCAGGUGCCUUUCGAGGGAACGAUGAAAUUAGUUGUUUUUCCCUUAACUUCCAUAUGGGUGUGCCAAGCGUAAAAAGCUAUAGAAAAAAAAAAGAAGAAAUAAAAGUGUAUAGAAUCAGUGCAUGUUAUAGAUUUUAUAGAUUGUUAUAUAAUUUUAUGAAAUGAAAUCUCUCGUACACACACAAUAAGAAAUUCACUUUGCAUUUAACUAGAGGUGGUUUUUAGUAGGGAAAUUGAUAAAUCAUCAACAUAAUGCGUGUUUUUCAAUUCAAUUUCGCUAUUAGAAAAUAACCCUUAAUGUACCUAUAUUCUUUAAAAUAAAAUUAGAAGGCAAAGGAAUAACACAAAUUCCUUUAAUUGCUAAGUUUCCAAAUUGACCUAAGAUCCUUAAAUAUUUCCCACUGCCUUCUCACUAUGAAGAGUUAAAAUUAAUCAAGGACACAGAGCGUUGUAAGUACCUAAUUCAUGUAAUUAAAAUUUUAUCAAACGGUUGAAGAAGUAACAGUGAGUACCGCAGAUAAAGUCCUGAGAAUAUAAAUUGGUACGCGCAAUGUAUCACUCCUUCUUGAACUGUUCAUCGAUAAAAAGGAAUUAACGAAACUGUUCGGUGUUUGUAAUAAAAUAAUAAAACACCUUCCUCUGGAAUAAAAAUUAACGCGUUUAUUUAUUUUUAGUUUGUCCCAACUGUCCUUGUUAAAUGAUUUUUACAAGUUCUAUGUAAAUACAUACCUUUUUAUUGUAUAACAAUGUGGAAUUUAAUAAAAAACAAUGUUGUGUUA